AAAUACCAGUUGUAGAAAAGCGCCAAAAUAUCUGCGGGCACUGCAACGCCAAGUUCUAUAGAAUUGAACCCAUAUCCACAGAUCCACUCGCACAAGUCUUCUCUUCUCCCGUACGAUUUACGAACCCUAGCCCUUUUUUCCGAUCCAUUCCUCUCUCUUUCUCUCUCUCUGCGAUCUCCGAAGAAGGUUUUGAUUUCUUCUAAAAAUGAGUGUGUUGGCUUCCAAUCGACCGCCACUCCGCGUUUUCCGGGAUCCGAGUUGCGUCGGCCGGCGAGAGCUCCUCAGCAAUAGCGUCUCCUCCAUCUCGUCGCGACGAGCCACCGCGCCAGCUCCUGACCUCCACCUUGCCUCUAGAUCAACUGAAGAGCAGUCACUUGACCUCACGGAAACAAUGCUCUCUCUUUUUCCAUUCACUACCCGACGGGUGCUGUUUUCUACCACAACUUUCUCACUAUUCUUGCACACAUCAAAGCAUCUUUCAGUUGCACAUGCACUGGGCGACUCAUCUGUGACAACUGAAGAUGUUGCUUCUCGUGUUUUCUUAUCUGGGCCGCUCUUUCCUUCCGAAGAACGAACUGUGGAGAUUUUUGAGAAGAACACUUACUCUGUCGUUAACAUCUUUGAUGUAACACUACGACCACGACUUAAUGCAACUGGCUCUAUUGAGGUGCCUGAAGGAAACGGUUCGGGAGUUGUUUGGGACAAUAAUGGUCACAUUGUGACAAAUUAUCAUGUGGUUGGCAAUGCUCUUUCAAGGAGCCCAGGUCCCGGUCAAGUUGUUGCACGUGUGAACAUUCUCGUCGCUGAAGGAAGGUUACAGAAGACUUUUGAGGGUAGACUGGUUGGAGCAAAUCGUGCUAAAGACCUUGCUGUCUUGAAGGUGGAUGCGCCUGCAGAAUUUUUGAAGCCAAUUAAUUUGGGCCAGUCAUCAUCUUUAAGAGUAGGGCAGCAAUGCUUAGCAAUCGGAAAUCCUUUUGGAUUUGAUCAUACUCUUACUGUUGGAGUUAUUAGUGGGUUAAAUCGAGAUAUUUCUAGCAAAACUGGAGCAACAAUUGGUGGUGGCAUUCAGACAGAUGCAGCCAUUAACCCAGGGAAUAGUGGUGGCCCAUUGCUGGAUUCAAAAGGAAACAUGAUUGGGAUCAACACAGCAAUAUUCACGAACACAGGAGCUUCUGCGGGUGUAGGCUUUGCCAUCCCAUCUUCAACUGUACUAAGGAUUGUCCCUCAGCUAAUCCAGUUUGGAAAGGUUGUGCGUGCUGGUUUGAAUGCUGAGAUAGCUCCAGAUCCAAUUGCUAAUCAACUUAAUGUUCGAAAUGGAGCUCUUGUACUUCAGGUUCCUGGUAAUAGCAUUGCAGCCCAAGCAGGUCUCCUACCUACUACUAGAGGACUUGCUGGUAACAUCGUUCUUGGGGAUAUCAUUGUUGCGGUAAAUGAUAAACCUGUCCGAAGUAGAGCAGAUCUUUUAAAGGCUUUUGAAGAAUAUAAUGUUGGUGACACUGUUCUGCUGAAGAUUCAGAGAGGUAAUCAGAGUUUGGAGUUGCCUUUGGUUUUGGAGGAGACAGGCAUCUGAUGAGUCUAUCAUUGAUGAGGUUUUAGAUGAAUAACCCUCCACGUUGGACUAUCUUCCUGUGUCAUCUUGAGAAAAUAAGGCAAGUUUUUUUUAUCAUAAUUUAUUCAUUUUGAGAAAGAAAAGGCAUUGCAUGACUACAAUUAAAGAGCUUCUUGAUUAAUUUAUACCACUGAUCAGGCAGCAUGCUUCUUUUUCUGCUUUUGGUAACUCGUCCAAUCUUAAUGAUGGUUUAAUACAUCAAACCCUGUGGCAAAUUUUCUAAGGUGCAUUUGGUACGGGCUUAAUGGAAUGAAAUUAUGUGGAAUGAAAUGAAAGGGAGAAUGAUCCAUUUCCUUUCUUUUUUUCCUUAUACUAAUGGAAUGCUAGAAGGGGAGCCUUGACGCAACGGUAAAGUUGUUGCUUUGUGAUCAAAAGAUCACGAGUUCGAAUUCUGGAAACAACCUCUUACAAGAAGCAGGGUAAAGCUGCAUAUAAUGGAUCCUUCACUGGGAUCCGCAUAACGGGAGCUUUGUGCACCAGGUUUGCUCCUUAUACUAAUGGAAUGUUAUAACUUGAGGAAUGAUUCCUUUUGUUGAUUUUCAUGUAAAAUGUGCACUUGGAAAACUUGUCUUCCCCAUUUUUCAGUGUAUGGGAAAAUUUUAUAUUGGAUGAUGAAAAAAUGGGAGCUUUUGGGGGGCAAUGAAUUGUGCUCAAAACAAGUGAAUUAUUUUGCCCAUUUGUGACCUUCCCUUCUCCUAUGGUAGUCUUCUGUGAACCAAACCACUCCCUACAAUUAUACCCUUCGUUGACUCUGUUCGACCUUUUGGCACCCCUCCCGGAGUUCUCCUGCCAAUUCAGUAGCCUUCCACAAGUCCUCAGACAAGUCUUGUGCUUGCAAAACUAUCAACGGGGGUGGCAAUCCCAGAUUAGUUACCACUCUUAAGGAUACGUUUACUGCCACAGCAGAUAGUUUCUUGAGCUCCUACAGGCAAAGAGAUCCAUUUAUUCGUCUUCCUCACUUCAUUUUGAUGUUCUCAUCUUGUCAUGUAUAUUUUUCAGGAACUCAAGUAGAAGAUUGGUGGGUGUUGAAACUUGAAACACUACAUGCGUGUUAUGACACUCAGGGCAUCCAUAUCAUUGCAAAGUGAAAUGCUUAUGUAAAAUUCUUAGGUAGUUCAAUUUUGAGUUGCUCAGUGAAUUCUAGACCUGUUGAGUUACUUUGAUGAUUUUUACUGUCAUAAUCCUUAUGGAAGAAUUUCUAUUUUUGUUUCUUCUAUUGGCAAAAGUGAUGAUAUAGAAUUUCUCUGUAUUGUAUAACGAAAUCAUAUUAUUGAUUUGUUAUGGAGGAUUUUAUUUU